AUGGACAAAGAAAACGCCUCAGUGGAAAAGGCCCCCACCACCCCGUCUUUGGCGGUCCCUGCUCCUUCCCAGGCUUCCCCCCAAUCGCCCCAGGCAGCUCUAUCGCCGUCCAACUCGUCCAUUCAAGCCACCUUUGCCCGCGCACGAAAAGGCAGUCACGCUUCUCAGAUGGAACGCCCCAACAACCGCGACUUUGCCAUUCCAGCCUCCCCCACCGUGGGCGAGUCGUCCAUUGCAGAGCUGGUGACGGCACCACCGGCAGUGACGCCCUCCCGGUCCCGAUCGUCGUCGGCAGCCUCCAACAACCAGGCCGCCAUGUCGCCUGUGUUCCCGGCUUACGACGACUCCAACGCAAAGCACUACCGCCGAUGGGAAGACGACCGAUUGGAUCUCAUGGUGCAGCCCGACAAGCUGGUGUUUGUGGAGGGAGAUACGCCCGUGGAAAAGGCGUUCGAUAAACUCGUCGAAAACCACUUCACCUCGUUGCCCGUGCGAACCGCCCCUGAACACAAGUCCGUCUCCCACUCUUUCGACUACGCAGACCUCAACGCCUACCUGCUGCUGGUCAUGGGCUACGUGGACGCCGCAGACACCACUCCCGAGGCACUGGAAAACGUCAAGAAGGCGCGAUCGGGCCAGCCCGUGCCGGUCAACUUUGUGGCUGGCCUGGGAGCCAAGGAUCCCUUCAUCUGUGUGCCUAGAGACUCCACUCUGGCCACUGCCGUAGAGAUUCUCGGCUCUGGCGUCCACAGAUUUGCCGUCACUGAGGGCCCCGCCUCCGACGCUGUCAUUGGCAUUCUGUCCCAGCGACGAACCGUGCGAUACAUCUGGGAGAACGGCCGGUUGUUCAAGACGCUGGAGCCCCUCUUCCAGACGCCCCUCACAGACCUGGGUCUUGCCCAGCCCAACCCCAAUGUGCUCACCAUUGGAGGCGAUGAGUACGUUAUUGCGGCGCUGCGAAAGAUGAACGCCCAGAAUGUGUCUUCUCUCGCCGUCGUCGACGCCUCCAACAACCUGUUGGGUAACAUCAGUGUGGUGGACGUGCGGCUUGUGUCCAAGAGCUCGCAGUCACAUCUGCUCAAAGCCACCUGCGCGCACUUCCUGUCAGUCAUUCUCAAUGCCCGGGGCCUGGAGGACGGCAAGGACUCCUUCCCCGUGUUCCACGUGACCCCGCAGACGUCAUACGGCCGAACCAUCGCCAAAAUGGUCGCCACCAACGCCCACAGACUGUGGGUCGUGCAGCCCGAUGUGCCCUCUCCACAGCCGUCGACCCCCUCUGGUCAGCCGGCCUCCAAGACCCACGGUCCCUCUCACCACGCUGCUCACAACGGUAAGCUGAUUGGAGUGGUGUCGCUGACCGACAUUCUCAAUGUGCUGGGUCGACAUGCUGGCAACUCGGACCUGGACCCCCAUUUUGCCCGUCGAAACCGACGACGGUCUUCCUCCUCGUCCGUGCGAUCGCGAUCUUCCUACGAGCAGUUCCGACGGUCCAUUUCCAUUGAUCGGGGUCAGAGAUAG